AUGAAGCAUUUAGUGGAAUACCAUAUCCAGCACCAAUAUUCGAAGCAAUCAGAAAAAAAGAGCAACAUUAUUCCGUUAGGCAUUUUAGAGAAAGACGAGAACAUCAUGGAACAGAUGAUUGAGAUAAUGGAACACCUGCAACAGUAUGUGCCAACAACAGAGAACGGUAAAAUGAUACCAUUACUUCUUGGUGGCGAUGCAUUAAGUGUAGAAAGGGGUGAUGGAGCACAGAGAGCCAGGCAAGAUGCAAGGACACCAGAGCAAAGGCUAGAUGGAUAUGUUUGGAAAAGCGAGGACUGGCAUGGCCACAUAAUAUCAUUACAGGAAUCAUUUAAUAUGCUGUUCAAAGGCUCAUCAUCUGGUGAAAGAGGAACAUUGUUCCAGUUAAAGAAUAUGCUUGAUAGACGUGGAGUAAAAUCAGAGGUAAUUUGA